AUGUCGCCCUGGCACAGAAAUACUGAGCUGAGUACGCUUAGCGUAACGAGUUACCUGUGGUGCUUUGACACAGCGAGACUCGUCUCCAUACUAUCCCGACGUAAAUACGAGGGCCACCGCAAGAAGGGGCGACCAGCCGAAGCACCCAUCUCCUCUCCGCCCGCAGCCCCUCUCCCCCGACCUCCUCUCCGCCCGCAGCCCCUCUCCCCCGACCUCCUCUCCUCCGCAGCUCCUUUCCCCCGACCUCCUCUCGGCCCGAGUCCCUUUCCCCCGCAGCUCCUCUCCGCCCACAGCUCCUCUCCGCCCGCAGCCCCUCUCCCCCGCAGCCCCUCUCCGCCCGCAGCUCCUCUCCGCCCGCAGCCCCCCUCCCCCGCAGCCCCUCUCGCCCGCAGCCCCUCUCCCCCCGCAGCCCCUCUCCGCCCGCAGCUCCUCUCCGCCCGCAGCCCCUCUCCCCCGCAGCCCCUCUCCCCCAAACUUCAGACAGGAGUGAAGCUGCUGAGCCCGGAUUUUCUGGGCGGCGAUACAGAGACCUUCAGCUUGUCUUCACAAGCCGGCCUCAUAUUGGACGGUCAGGGUUCCUCACCCCUGCAGACGUCCAGCUUCCUGGACUCCAGCUCUUGGCACUCCAGCCUCGGCCUGUCUGAGCAGACAACAGACUCCAUCGUGUCAAGAGAAUUAGUCUCUGACAUCAACACUCAGGCGCUACAGGACGAGCGUGAGGAGACUCUCAGCGAUGAAGCAAAGUAUGAAGAUGUGCGUGUUUGCAAGGCCAACAUCGAGCAGGAGUGGCAUCUGCAGGCGGAGGGCAGGGGGAGGUUACGAAACCUCAACAUCAUCCAGGAGGAGAUCCUGCAGCUCAACCAGACUAAUAGUGACCUCCCUCUGUCCAGCCUCAGCUUCUCCAGCACCAGCAGGAACCAGCUGUGCUCAUAUGUGGCGGAGUUGGUGAGAAAGACGGCAGAGGGGGCGUUUCCCAGCAUGGAGGACGUGGCUGAGGCUGAACGAGCCCUCAAGAGGAUGAAGUGGCUGAUUGAAAUUCUGCAGGAGGAGGUUGCCAAGGUCCAGGCACGUAAAAAAGAGGAGAAGGAAGCACUCAGGGAGCAGGCGGAGCUACAGGUGCAGCAGGAGUGGCUUCGGCAUCAGUAUCAGCAGGCGGAGGGCAGGGGGGGGUUACGAAACCUCGACACCUUCCAGGAGGAGAUCCUGCAGCUCAACCAGCUGCUGGAGCCGUCCUACCAGACUAAUAGUGACCUCCAUCCAUCCAGCCUCAGCUUCUACAGCACCAGCGGGAACAAGCUGUGCUCGGAGGUGGCGGAGUUGGAUUUUCUUGGCGGGGAUACAGAGACCAUCAGCUUGUCUUCACAAGCCGGCCUCAUAUUGGAUGGUCAAGGUUCCUCACCCCUGCAGACGUCCUGGUCCCCUGACUCCAGCUCUGGACACUCCAGCCCUGGCCUGUAUGAGCAGACAACAGACUCCAUCGUGUCCGGAGAAUCAGUCUCUGACAUCAACGCUCAGGAGCUACAGGUCGAGCGUGAGGAGACUCUCAGCGAUGAGGCAAAGGAUAUAGAUGUGCUUGUGCGCAAGGCCGACACGCAGUGGAUGCAGGAGUGGCGUCUGCAGGCGGAGGGCAGGGGGAGGUUACGAAACCUCAACAUCAUCCAGGAGGAGAUCCUGCAGCUCAACCAGAUGCUGGAGCCGUCCUACAAGACUAAUAGUGACCUCCCUCCGUCCAGCCUCAGCUUCACCAGCACCAGCAAGAACCAGAUGUGCUCGCGGGUGGCGGAGUUAGUGAGAAAGACGGCAGAGGGAGCGUUUCCCAGCAUGGAGGACGUGGCUGAGGCUGAACGAGCCCUCCACAGGAUGAAGUGGCUGAUCGAAAUUCUGCAGCAGGAGGUUGCCAAGGUGGAAGAACGUAAAAAAGGGGAGGAGGAAGCGUUCAGAGAGCAGGUGGAGCUACAGGUGAAGCAGGAGUGGCAUCUGCAGGCGGAGGGCAGGGGGAGGUUAAGAAACCUCAAUACCAUCCAGGAGGAGAUCCUGCAGCUCAACCAGCUGCUUGAGCCAUCCUACCAGACUAAUAGUGUCCUCCCUCCGUCCAGCCUCAGCUUCUCCAGCACCCGCGGGAACAAGCUGUGCUUGCAUGUGGCGGAGUUGGUGAGAAAGACAGCAGAGGGGGCGUUUCCCAGCGUGGAGGACGUGGCUGAGGCUGAACGAGCCCUCCACAGGAUGAAGUGGCUGAUCGAAAUUCUGCAGGAGGAGGUUGCUAAGGUCCAGGAACGUAAAAAAGGGGAGGAGGAAGCACUCAGGAAGCAGGAGGAGCUGCAGGUGCAACAGGAGUGGCUUCAGCAUCAGCAUCUGCAGGCUGAGGGCAGGGGGAGGUUACGAAACCUCAACACCUUCCAGGAGGAGAUCCUGCAGCUCAACCAGCUGCUGGAUCCGUCCUACCUGACUAAUAGUGACCUCCCUCCGUUCAGCCUCAGCUUCUACAGCAUCAGCGGGAAUAAGCUGUGCUCGCAGGUGUUGGAGGUGGUGGCAAAGACGGCAGAGGGGACGUUUCCCAGCGUGGAGGAAAUGAUUGUGGCUGAACGAGCCCUCCACGAGAUGUGGGAGCUGAUUCGACUGCUGCAAGAGGAGGAUGCCAAGGUCCAGGAAUGUAUCAAAGAGAAGAAGGAAGCGCUCAGGAAGCAGGAGGAGCUGCAGGUGCAGCAGAAGGCGGAGCAGUUGGCCAAAGAAAAGGCUCAGCGGGCAGAGGGCAGGUGGAGGUUACAAAACCUCAACAUCAUCCAGGAGGAGAUCCUGCAGCUCAACCAGCUGCUGGAGUCGUCCUACCAGACUAAUAGUGACAUUCCUCCAUCCAGCCUCAGCUUCUCCAGCAUCAGCGGGAACAAGCUGUGCUCGCGGGUGGCGGAGUUGGUGAGAAAGACGGCAGAGGGGGCGUUUCCCAGCGUGGAGGACGUGGCUGAGGCUGAACGAGCCCUCCACAGGAUGAAGUGGCUGAAUGAAAUUCUGCAGGAGGAGGUUGCCAAGGUCCAGGAACGUAAAAAGAUGGAGGAGGAAGCGCUCAGGAAGCAGGCGGAGCUACAGUUGCAGCAGGAGGCGCAGAAGAAGGAAGCGCAGUUGGCCAAAGAAAAGGCUCGGAGGAAAGGGCUGCAGGACAGCGCUGAAGACCGUACGUUGAGAUGGUUUAAGGAUCUUCAGGAUUCAGCUGCUCAGUGCGCUCAGUCCUUCGACCAGCUCAACUCCUCUAAAGACGUCCAGACGGUGAAGCUGGAGCUCCAGAAAGCCACCAACAUCCUCAUCGAUCAAAUUUCCAGCAACUCUGGUUCUCAGCUCAGAGGAAAUUACGACGAGAUCGUCAAGCUUCUGUCCGGGCGGUGGGUGAUGUCGGGGGGGAAGUCUGUCUCCACCUCCCAGCAUCCACAGGGCCUGGACUUUGUCAGCUAUAAACUGGCCGAGAAGUUUGUGAAACAAGGAGAGGAGGAGGUGGCGUCUCACCACGAAGCAGCCUUCCCCAUCGCCGUGGUGGCCUCUGGCAUCUGGGAGCUGCACCCGCGGGUGGGCGACCUCAUCCUCGCUCACCUGCACAAGAAGUGUCCGUACGCAGUCCCACAUUACCCUCCAAUGAAGGACGGUACAUCUGUGGAGGAAUAUCAGAAGAUUCUUGGUUACCGUGUGGACGACUCCGGGAUUGAAGGUCAGGACAGUUUCCUGAAGAGGAUGUCUGGGAUGAUCCGUCUGUACGCUGCCGUGAUUCAGCUGCGGUGGCCCUACGGCUCCAAGCAGGGGUCCGCUCCUCAUGGUCUGAACCACGGCUGGCAUUGGUUGGUUCAGAUGCUCGACAUGGAGCCUCGGGCCGACAUCACAGCAACGCUGCUGUUUGACUUCCUGGAGGUUUGUGGAAAUGCUUUAAUGAAGCAAUACCAGAGCCAGUUCUGGAAACUCAUCCUGCUGCUCAAAGAGGAAUACUUCCCCAGGAUCGAGGCAGUGACCAGCAGUGGACAGAUGGGCUCAGUCGUCAGACUCAAAGUGUUUCUGGAGACAUCUCUGCAGAGAGGAGACAUCAAACCUCCCAAAGGUCAACUGAGCUCCACGUUCUAGAGGUCGUGAGGACGAGGACAUUUGAGCUCUGAAUUAUGCUGAGAAGUCGUCGUCACAUCUACCAAAGCUUCAAUGUUACGAGUUAUCCCAUCAGAAGCUUUGUGUUUGUUUAGGAAGAUAGUGUUUUUGUUUACCUGUCUCCUCUCUCUCUCCCCUGUCUUUCCUCUCUCCUACUUACAUAUAUUUGAACCUUUAUUUAAGAAUACAAUAAAGUAUU